AUGGUCAAGAAAACAUUCAAUCUUGUCGGUCAGCCCGCUAGUAGUGCUCAAGUGAUAGAGGUUGAUUUGCAAAACAAUUUCGACGUGCUACAACACACUGUUGCACAACACUUCUCUAUUGCCCAACCAGAUGGAAUUUCUUUCCAAACCGAGCAGGAUGGAGUGCUUGAUGAUCUUGACAAUUUCACUGACGCAGCUUCACCGAUUGGUAUCCUUGUAGAUGGAAAUCAAGUUCGGGAUGUACCAGGACCUGCAGGUAUCCCUAUCGCAGGAAGCUACUAUGAGGUUUACCCCGACCAUUUGGGAAACCAUCAAAGACUGUUUGAGCAAUAUGGCCCAGUUUUCAAAACCACAGAUAUGGGUCGUACUACUUACUACACUAAUGAUCCAAAAGUAGCCGAUGUGUGUUUUGCAGAAGGUGGUUUCUGGUCCAAGAAAAUUAACAGUGACCAUCCUUUGUACGGGAUCAAGGAUCCAAUGGCAGGUGUCUUCCUUUCGGACACAGAUGGAGAGGCUUGGAAGGUUGUUCAUAAGUUCUUGGCCCCUGCCUUGAGUCCAAAAGCCGUUCGCCAUUAUACCCCGCAAAUGCAAAAUACAGCCGAACAAGCAUUUAAGGUAUUCGAUGAGUUUGAUCAAAAGGAGGAAGCAUGGAAUGUCUACCGGUACAUGUUCAAAGUGGGAUCAACAGCCAUUGGCAAACUUGCUUUGAACAUGGAUUUGCACCACUUCGACUCGCUUGAUGCGCCACUCCACGACCUGGUCAAAAGUGUUGGAGAGAACCUGGAGCUCAACAAGCAGGUUUCAACAAUGGGAGAUUGGUACUCGCAUAUUCCAUGGGGUGCUCCCAAAAAGCUGAAAGAAAAUAAGCUUCAUGUGCAGAAGAUGGUGGAGGAAGCUGUGGCGAACGUAACGAACGGCAAACAGACGGAUGAUCUUCCUAUCGAAGAUGCGGCAUUGAAGGCAUCUUGUAUCGUCGACUAUCUGGUCAGAGCUACCGACCAGAACGGAAAUAAGCUUCCCGAGAAGUAUCGAAGCAACGCCACCUUGGUAACUGUCGGCGCCGGUUUCAUCACUACUGCCAGUCUGCUCUCUUGGAUGUUGUUCAGCAUCGCCUCUUAUCCGGGCAAUCAAGAAAGGCUUCUUCAAGAGCUUGUUGAUUACGGUGUUACAGAGGAUACGGAAUGGACUCCAGAUCUCGCAAACUCCUUACCAUUUUUGGGGAUCUUGAUUCAGGAAGUCCAGAGAUUGCACAACCCCUCCUACCAACCCGGCAGAACAGCACUUGCCGAUGUUAUUAUACCUGGUGGCUACCGGAUACCAAAAGACACGGUAAUGAUCAUUGGAAUACAUCAUAUCCAUAACAACCCUAAGAUCUGGGACGAUCCAGCCAAAUUUAAUCCCGAUCGCUGGAACACCGAUAAAGUAAAGAGUCGACCUAAGGCUUCUUACGUACCUUUCGCUGCAGGUCAAAGAAUGUGUAUCGGGUUCAACUUUGCCUUGGAGGAGGUCCGAGUUAUCAUUUCUAUGUUGAUAUAUCGGUAUCAUUUUGAAAAGGUUGGCCAGGAUCCUGUAGAGUAUGAUCCUUCCUUUCAAUUAGUGAGGCCGAUGAACUUUUAUGUUCGAGUUAAGAAGAGGACUAGUUGGCCGGAGAAGUCGAAGAAGGAUGAUUAA